ACUUUGCUUCAUAGCUUCUCUUGCGAAAUCAAGCGGGCCCUCCCUUUGCUCUCUGGCUUUUUAAAGGCGAGAGCCUGAAGGCAGUUGCAGAGCUCAGCCCGGCAAGCUCGCUCUGCAUUGCCUGGCAGCCAGUGCCCACCGAAGCUGCGCCUGACCGACGGCCCUCUGGGCGCCUCUCCCGCAGUAAUGGAGACAAUGGGUGCAGACGCGAUCCCUCUGACCGUGAAUUCCUCAGAAAAGCGAGAAAGUGUCUGCAUUUUUGGAACGGGCGAUUUUGGAAAAUCCUUGGGACUUAAAAUGCUUCAGUGUGGUUAUGCUGUUGUUUUUGGGAGUCGAAACCCGCAGGUGUCCAGCCUUCUGCCCAGAGGAGCAGAGGUCUUGAGCUACUCCGAGGGAGCAUCAAAGUCUGACGUCAUAAUCCUGGCCAUGCGCAGAGAGCAUUAUGACUGCCUCACAGAACUGGCUGACCACCUCAGUGGAAAAAUAUUGGUAGACGUCAGCAACAACCGAAAGAUCAAUCAGUAUCCACAAUCGAAUGCUGAGUACCUCGCCCAGUUGGUGCCAGGAGCCCGUGUGGUCAAGGCAUUUAAUACUGUCUCAGCCUGGGCUCUCCAGUCAGGAACACUAGAUGCAAGUCGGCAGGUAUUUGUCUGCGGGGAUGAUAGCAAAGCCAAGCAGAGAGUGAUGGACAUUGCCCGUACCCUUGGACUCACUCCGUUGGAUCAAGGAUCUCUUGUGGCAGCCAAGGAAAUUGAGAACUACCCUCUGAAACUAUUCCCAAUGUGGAGGCUUCCUUUCUACAUGUCCUCUGUGCUGUGUGCCUUCUUCUUCGCGUACUGUGUUGUACGAGAAGUGAUAUACCCCUACGUGAAUGGGAAGACAGACUCUACGUUUCGCCUGGCUGUGUCCAUCCCGAACCGUGUGUUUCCCGUAACGGCGCUGACCCUGCUCGCUUUGGUGUACCUCCCUGGUGUUCUCGCGGCCCUUCUGCAGCUCUACCGAGGCACAAAGUACCGGCGAUUCCCAAACUGGCUUGAUCACUGGAUGCUUUGCAGAAAGCAGCUGGGCCUGGUAGCACUGGGAUUCGCCUUCCUUCAUGCCGUCUACACACUUGUGAUUCCUAUUCGGUACUACGUACGCUGGAGACUGAGAAACGGAACCAUUACGCAGGCCCUGGCUAAUAAAGACAGCCCGUUUAGUACCUCUGCAGCCUGGAUUAGUGAUUCCUACUUGGCGCUGGGAAUCCUGGGAUUUUUUCUGUUUCUUCUCUUGGGAAUCACUUCCUUGCCAUCGGUGAGCAACAUGGUCAACUGGAGAGAGUUCAGGUUUGUCCAGUCCAAACUGGGUUAUCUGACCCUGGUCCUGUGCACAGCCCACACUUUGGUGUACGGUGGGAAGAGAUUCCUAAGCCCUGGGAUUCUAAGGUGGAACCUUCCUUCAGCCUAUAUUUUAGCCCUCAUCAUCCCGUGCACGGUGCUGGUGAUGAAGUUCAUCCUUGUACUGCCGUGCGUAGACAAGACCCUGACGCGCAUCCGCCAAGGCUGGGAAAGGAACUCACGACCCUCAAAAUCAGCACUGAACGGAAAACCAGAUAUUUAGAAGAAAGUUGAAUUUGUGGAAAUUUCUGAACUAGUAUAGUGAAUGUGUAGAGAAUAAGUGUCCAGUUAAGAAAGCAUUCUCUCUUGUCAUGGUCGCAGGUUUAUCCUCACUAAAGGAAAUAUUGCCUGACUUUGAAAGACUAACGUAGGAAGCAAGCUCCCACCACUGCCUCUCCUCACGUAGUGACUCAUCGCAGGCCUCCCUCACUUCCCGUUCCAGGAACCCUGGGGCGGCCACUGGGAUUAGGUUCACAGUUUCACACUAUGAAACGUUGUAGUUAUGGGCAACAUGCAUGAUGUAAUGUUUUGCAAAAUGCUGGAAGACUUUAUGCAACUUCCUUCUUUAAGUCAAGGGCUGAGGUAAGAGAGAGAGAAAAAAAAAAAGGAACGCUGCCAGUCAUCCUAGAGGUGUUGAUUGGCACACCUAAAGAAGAGCCCUGGAGGGGCUGGAGAGAUGGCUCAGAGGUUAAGAGCACUGCCUGUUCUUCCAAAGGUCCUGAGUUCAAUUCCCAGCAACCACAUGGUGGCUCACAACCAUCUGUAGUGAGAUCUGGUGCCCUCUUCUGGACUGUAGGAAUACAUGCAGACAGAAUACUGAGAAUACUGUAUACAUAAUAAAUAAUUUUUUUAAAAAAGAGGCCUGGAUGAAGGAGAGGAAAGGAGGGUUUGCUUGUUUGUUGUGAGGGUGGUGAUCUUAAGUAUUGUCAGACCGACCUGGGGUAUUUUUGGUUUGGGUGUAGUGCUGAGGAUGAAACCUAGGGUUUUAUGCAUACAAAGCAAACGCUAUGUUACUGAGCCACACCCCAGCCCUGCCAUAGUGAAUAUGUAGUCAUAUGUCCCCCUUGACUUUGUUUUUAGCAAUACGGAUAUUUACUAUCGAAAAAUAUUUUAUAACUCAACAAAUAUAUCUCAAUGUUUUUAAAUUCCUUGGAUGUAUGGGAAUCUAUGCAAUUGUCACAACACUCCUUGUCUACAAGGAACGGGUUGAGGAAAGUCUGGAUAAGAAUAGAGAGACCCAUUGGAUUUUUCAAUGUACAAUAAGCAAGGGAAGGGCUGAUAAUGGCUUCGCACAAACUGUCAGACAAGCCAGAUUUUUAGCUAGUAAGCUAAACAGAUACUAUGACUUUUCACUGUGCUGAUUUUUAUUAUUUAGAGAUUGUGGUAUGCUUUUGGUGCUAUAAUUCUAAAUACUGCUCAAUUUAAGCACCUGUGAAAUUAAAGAUAUAGCACCCCAAAUCCACCUUUGUUAUAAUUUUGAGGGGUGAAGUUUUAAAGAAACUAUCUGAAAAGCAUAGCUGAGAAAAUUGUGGACCGCUGGGAAGAGCCGCGGGGGGGGGGGGGGGGGGGGGGGGCGNGGGGGGGAGGUAGCCAGCUCUGGCUUCCUGCGUGGAUAGUGCCUUUCCCAAGGUGACCUUUAGCAGGCUGAGCAUCCUAGCUCUAGCCUGGAGCUAAAAGGAGAUUUUUGCACAGUCUUCCCACGUGUCCCUGAAAUAACUGAAAGGCAUUGGGUUUGACAUUUUUCUGCCUAAUCUAUAAAGGCUGUUUAUUUUUCUUUUCUUUUGGCUUUUAUUAUCACAUAUCAUACAUGAUAUCAUAUAUUGCUCACAAUCCAGGGUUUUUUAUAUAAAGCUUAUAUUAUGUAAAAAUGGGCAUUUCUUUUACUAUUGCUCUGAUAGAACAUGUAGGCUAUAUCCAGUUUUUGCUAAAAUGACAAUAGAGGUAAUUAAUGUCUUUGUACUAAUGAUAUAUUUCUAUAUUUUUAAUUAUUUCCUUAGAAUAUUUUCUAAGUGUUAAUAGCAUAACAUUAAAGAAUAUUUUAUAAGAUUUGCUGUGUUGUCAAUUUCUAAUGUGACUCUCUCAAUCCCCUUGACACACCGUUACAGAGCCGAGAUUUUACUUCAAUUUCUGUUUUCUUCAAAACAGUUAAAAAGAUUUGAAGGAUGUGUUCCUGCAAAUUACCUUUGAUGAGCCCAUGCAAGCGUGCCAAGAACCGGAGAACUCUGAGCAGAGCCAGGGUAUGGGGAACAGACUGUGGAACAUCAGUGUAGAUGGAAGGAAACACAGCCAAUCCCCCACGGUGCACACAACAGCCAGUUGUGCCCGGGCCCAUCAUAACACUGACUGAAACGAAAUCACCAUUAGUUUGGUCUAGGGAGGCAUUUGGAGUCAACCACGUUCCCAUUUCAGUAAGGGCUGUAAAAUUAAAAUAAUAAAAUAAAAUAAAAUAGAAAACACCACACCUAAGUAAAGUACACGUAGAGAAAAUGUACUGAACUGUCUGUACUCUAGUGGAGAUGAUCUAUCUCAGUACUUACACGCAGUCUUUGAGGCUGAAAUCAGAGCCUCAGGGCUUUGGCUCAAUAGUUGCCUGACUUUUGGGGCAUGACCACAAAGGUUCUGUGGGCCACCAGGAAGAAGCCACUGCUCCUCUCUCCAGCCCUCCCUCCUUCCCAGCCAUCCCAUCCCCUACGGCUCAAAAGGAACAAAGCUGGCCCUGCCAACAGGUGGGGAGAAUGAACUUAGGUCAGAUGGCAAUGCGUAUUUUGAGUGAACUGUAUUUCUUUUUUUUCUUUAUUUUUAUUUUAUUUUAUAUAUAUAGAUUUUAGUAUUGUUUUGAUUUUAUUGUGACUGUGCUGUGGUUCUUCUUAUUUAUUCUAUGUGUCUUUUAUAUCACCUAUCUUGAUCCCGUUCAUUUCCCAACCCUUCACAUCUGCCCUCUGUGCUAACCUCCCCCGCCCCCCGCCAAAUAAAACAAAAUUUAUGAGAAAAAAAAAAGAAAAACAAAAGGGGAAAAAUUAAAAUCUUGUCAUGGAAGGUGAAGUGUGACCCAUUAAUUCACACUUGAAAUCCCUUUGUUUGUGUAUCUUUACUUGCAAGUGUUUGUUGAAAAAAAAAAAAAAAUUGGUCUGGUUUUUGAU